AUGGCCUGCUUAGCACCGAUGGUGCUCGGCAUGCUCUCACCAUCUGCCUAUGCGAUGUUAACAAGCCAGCUGAUGUUGCUGUGGCAUCCGGCAGCCGGUGCUGUCAUCAGCUGGAUCCUGUCUGUUGGCGCCAUCACCUUUCCAACCCUGGCGGUCAUGCGCCGGCGCGCCCCUGGAAACGAGAAGGAAGCCGAAACCAAGGAAGACCCAGAGACGGCGGAGAGGCCUCAGGAACAGAGCGAUCAGCCAGCUGAUUCGCCAGCUGCCAGGAGGGUUUUGCAACUGUAG